AUGUGUGGAGCUAAUAAGGCACUAGGUCCUGAUGGGUAUAAUCUGGAGUUCUAUAAGGCUUGUUGGAGUAUAUUGAAGGAGGAUGUUAUGUAUGCUAUCAAUGAGUUUUAUGUUAAAGGAAGACUGGAUUGGAGGUUGAACAUGUCUUUCUUAAAAGUUAUCCCAAUGAAAGAAGACUCAGCAAAAGUUAAGGAUUUCAUGCCUUUAAGUUUAAUAAGUAGCUUUUAUAACAUUUUAUCUAAAUUGCUAGAUGAACUACUUAAGGUGGUGAUUCCUGGGUUGAUUUCUAAUGCUCAAGGUGCUUUUGUUAAGGAUAAGCAGAUUCUAGAUGGCAUCUUAAUUGCCAAUGAGUGUGUAGAUAGCAGAUUGAGACAAAAACUUCCUGGUAUUAUGUGCAAGAUAGAUAUGGAGAAAGCCUUUGAAAAUGUCAGAUGGCCAUAUCUAUGCUCAUACUAA